AGAAGAAGGAAAAAAAGAGCUGGGGAGGAACACAAAACUGGCCUCACCACAAAUAUCUUCUUGUUACUUGGUCUUCUUCACCGAUUAAAUUACAGACCUAAAGUAAAAAUAAUUUAAACAAAAGAAAAGAUGGGAGAGAGAGACGAAGUGAAACUUUUGGGAACAUGGUACAGUCCGGUCGUGUUACGAGCAAAGAUAGCUCUUCAUCUCAAAUCGGUUGAUUAUGAUUACGUUGAAGAAGAUUUGUUCGGAUCCAAGAGUGAGCUUCUUCUCAAAUCGAACCCGGUUUACCAGAAAGUCCCGGUUCUCAUCCACAACGGUAAACCGGUUUGCGAGUCCCUUAACAUCGUUGAAUACAUCGAUGAGACGUGGAAAUCAUCUGGACCGUCCAUUCUUCCUUCUCAUCCUCAUGAUCGAGCUCUCGCUCGCUUCUGGUCUGCCUUCGUUGAUGACAAGUGGUUUCCCGCUUUCAUAGCGGCAACAAUCACAAAAUCGGAAGAUACAAAAGCAAAAGGCAUGGAAGAAGUGGAAGAAGGGUUGUUGCGACUUGAGGAUGUGUUUGUUGCCAUAAGCAAAGGUAAACCCUUUUUUGGUGGUGAAGCGAUUGGGUUAAUAGACAUUUGCCUCGGAAGCUUUUUGGUUCUCUUGAAAGCUAAAGAGAAGCUUAAUGGAGAAAAGUUUUUAGACGAAUCAAAAACUCCAUUUCUUUGUAAAUGGGCCGACAUAUUUUUGUCGGAUGAAAUGGUGAAGAAUGUGGUGCCGGAGAUCGAUAAAGUCGCUAAGUUUAUACGAGAGUUUGAAGAUAGAGCUCAAUCUGUGGCUUCUAGAUCCUGAGAUGAGAUCACCCUAGAAAUGAAUUAGCAAUAUAUGUAGAAAAUAAGUUGAAGUUUAAAGUUUUGUGUAAUAUAUUUCUCUGUUAAAAAUUGCAACUUAUAUAAGUUGAAGUUUAAAUAAGUUAAAACUGCAUUGUA